AUGGAACUGACGAGGAGUUAAUAUUCAAUUAUGAUUGGGUUAAAAACCCAGAGGCUCAAAAAAAACAUAGCGAAUAUAUAUAUACUAAUGAGGAUAAUGCAAGUGAGGAUGAAAGCGUUGUUGACUUGACCCAAAACAAUAACG